CAAGUACAAAAACAAAAGAAGAUUACAAGAAAAGAAACAUGGGAAAAGGGGUUCUUACGGUUGCUAUGAUAAUGUUGGUGAUGGUGGCUAUGCCAAAACACCAAGUUAAAGCUGCAGCAGGUACGAAGGAGGAAUCGGCGGUCAAACCAAACCGAUGCCGGGACGGGGAUGAGAACUGCCGGGCGUUUUGCGAUCAAGCCUGCAAAUUCUAUUGUCGAAGAAACGGUGGAGAUGUUGAUCAGCCAUGUUUCCUGGACUGUCUGCCCAAGUGUCCCCUUGGAUUUAUGCUAUUCGGAAAUUAAUUAACACUGAGAUUCUAAUUAAUUUGUGGUUAACUUAUGGAGUUUGUCAUUUGUCCGAAGCUGCUGAAUCUAAAAGUAAUGAAAUUUGGUUUGCUAGUGAU